AUGGCAGCCCCGCCGCAAAGUCGCCUCUUCCCUCCCCAGCCCUACCAUGUCCCCGGCUAUGAUGGCUUCAUUCCUCAGCUGAACUUCCAGUUUGGAAACACUUUUGGUAAGACAACCCACCAGCUGCUGACAGACCCCAUGGUGCCAAAGAGCCCUCGCCCCUUGCUGGCUCCACUGCACAAGAAGUACAUGAAGGACUUCACUGGGACAAAGCCCAGGCUCCAGGGCUACCUCCCUGGGAGCCCAGGUGGUAACUCCCCAGGACUCUGUGCUGAUGAAGCCUUUGCUGGAAGACAUUCUCUCAUCCAUGAGGCAAAGCACAACGAUUGGGAUGUCCAGCAGCCACCAGGAGGACACCUUCCCCCUGAGGCAGCCGCAGCCGAACCGGCCCGUUGGGGAAAGCUCCCGGCCGUGUGCCCGGCGCCGGGGCUGCCACAGCCACACAUGGAGCCCAUGGCCCAGCCCCGCUCCAGCCGGUGCCCGCACAGGCCGCAGCUGCCCCGGGGCCACGGGCAGAGGCUUCGGCCCCGGCCUGGCGCCGACGAGCCGGAAUGGCGGCUGCCGGCCAUCGGCCCGGCCUGCGCGGCCUGCGCCACACACACAGCGCCUGCAAAAACUGAAGGUGUGAGGCUGCCAGCAGUGGGGCUGCAGGAAGAUAACUGGUUACCAAAACUGGAUGUACCAUAUAUGAUCCAGCAGAAAGUCAUCCCAGGGUACGCUGGCUUCAUCCCUCGCCUCUCCUGGGUGCACGGCGUGGACUACACCCAGGCUGUGAAGGAAGCCAUGAGUGAAUUUGACCAAAUGCAGUUUUUGCAGAGAAACCCAACUGACAGCUUUGGCAAAAGGUUUCCCCAGACAUACUGGCCUGGCAGCAGCAUUUACAGCAGUGCUGGCCUGAUCCCUUUCUACACAGGCUUCGUGCCACAACUCCGGCACACCUACGGGCUGACCUUCGGCAGCAGCAGCCGCCAAGCCUACGAGAAGGAACAGAAGAGACGAGCUUGUGCACAGUGA